GUCAUCUGUCAAACAAAAGUGAAGAAGAAUCGAAAGUAAACAUUUGUAAUAAAAAAUACUCGUUUUAUAACAUUAAUUCAAAACUAUCAUCAUGGCUUUAGUAGCUUAUGACAAUAGUGAUUCUAGUGAAUUUGAGGAUGAAGUUAACGAAGGAGCUGCAGCUUCUGCAGUCAUUUUAAACAAGAAAGAAACAGUUACAGACCCAUCAGUAUCAAACCCCGAAUCAGAGGAUAAUGUGGAAUUGCAAGGCCAGAGUUUGUUCAACCUACUUCCCCAACCUUCGAACCAAAAGCCAGCCGUGUUAGAGGAAGACGACGAAUUCUUACACAAAAAAGAAACUGACAUCCCCAUCGUGAAGCCUAAAGCUAAAAUUACAGUACCUUCACUCAGUGAUUUCAGAGAUGUAGAAGACACAGCACCUGCAGUAAAACCUAAGAAAAUGAAUGGGAAAAAGUCGGGCCUGCUAAGUAUACUGCCGCAACCAAGAAAUGCAGUGUUGGCAACAACAAAAUCCUUAAUACCUCACGUUCUCACUCAAAAACCAAAGCCAAAUCCAACUGUAAAGAAAAAAGAGCCUUUGCCACCAAUUAAAAAAGAUAAACCAAGCCUGGCCAUGGACUAUUCGGAUGAUAGUGAUGAUGAAGUACAGAAUGAUUUCUUCUCUAUUAAUAAACCAGUUGAACUGCCAGAAGACGUGCCGUUGGACAUUGACGAAAAAGUCAGUUUAAAAAAAGAAGAAAAUGUUCCAGCUCUAAAGGAGCCAAGGGAUAUUCAAUCCUAUUUCAAGGCUGAUACAGUUGAGAAUGAAGUGCAGCCAGAAUAUUCGGAAUCUAGUAGUUAUGGUUAUCAAUAUGAGGCUAGCACUGGAUAUGGGAAUGGAUACCCAGCACAGGGAUCAAGUAAUGAUGCAUUAGAUGAAGAGGCGAUCAUGAAACUAUGUGGAGCCCGAGGCAAACGCAAGCGCGAGGACAUCCAAAUAGUGGACGUCAACCAGAGCGAGGUCCUCGCGGACGCUCGCGAGUGGCUGGCCAAGGGGCUGACGGACGAUACCAGCAAGCGGGUCUCCAGCAGCAAGAGGAAAGGCAACGAGCCCACCAGCCAGCAGAAGAGGAAGCACCAGAUCACCUAUCUCGCUCACCAGGCCAAAGCGAAUGAGGUGGAGCUACAGAACCAAUGGGCCAACAACAGGCAAUCCAAGCGGCAGACUCAGUCCAAAUACGGGUUCUAGUGUCCGUAUCAUCAAGAUCAUAUAUAAGCAUGCAUUGGACAUCUUACAUAUAAUUAUAUACUUGGAAUUUGAUUAGACUGUUGUUCAACCCCUGACCGUUUAGGACUAUGAGAGCUCAUGGUCCUAAAUGGCCAGCUUAAAAGACUAACUACACCUGGUCAAGCGUGGCUCACUCCGCGGUUUCGUCGCUUUGCUACAGAUAGCUAAAAGUACAUCCGUUCCGGCCAUAGACAUAAUAUAUAUAUAGACGGUGUCUCAGCGAGCUGUCACUGUUGCCACUUUUGUUUAGUGUACGAUUAACAAUGAGGCCCACGUUGCUGUAGCCAUGUCGAUAAAGUCAUAUCGAUAAACUAUCGACAUUUCUUGCAAUUUUAAUUUUACUUCAAAGGCUUAACGAUACCUAAAAUGACCAAAAACGCUUUUAUUCUUUAUUGUGGUUAUCAGAUCACAAUUUUAUAGUCACGUCCCAGCAGGGAACCAAGGGAAAGUUCAGAUAUUUAAUUAAAAUACAUACAUACCUCCUAAAAUAGGUGUUCCGCAAUAAUUGAAUUAUAUUAUAAUAUAUUCAUUAUCCAUUAGCAUUUCAAUUAUGUUUAUGUUUAACGAAGAUAUUGAAGCUUCAAUUAAUCGCUAUUUCGUUCCGCUGUGUAGCGUUUAUCGAUAUAUAACAUGAUUAAAAUCGACUUUUCACAUCCCUAAAAGAGCACACAUAUACGCUUUUACGCACACAUACACAGCCUGGGCGCAUCAAGAAAGGCAACACUUGAUUUGAAGUCCACCUUGUCAACAGUAUGGUUGUCCUUUUUUGACAAACGGCAUUUUAAAAGAGCGAGGAGAGAGAAAUGAUACUAGUUGCUGCGUCGUGAAAGAGAACAGAAAACGUUGACCCCUUGGUUCCGGCCCAAUUUUGGGGUUUGCCAUAAGCCGCGCGUGGCGCUGUCGCCACCUAGCGGCCAUAUCUGUGCCGAUCGUAACAGACGCGUUUUGUUAGAGAGCGAGUCUUUUGUACCUAGUACAUACUAUUAACCUUUUAACCGCCAGCAAUUUUUGAUCGAGCUUGCUCGUGUCGCCACCGACAGUAAUUGUACCACGCAGAGUAAGGUUGGCAUAGUUACGGGAGUUAUAAAUGUGCUGUAAAAACCAAAUCAGAUCUUUGUCUUAUUUAUCAGACUGUGGCAAAAUGAGCUGGAUAUGUAAUGUCUUAUAUAUCAGACUCUGGCGGUUAAAGGGUUAAUUAUUCUGUGACCUGGUGUUAGUGUUACAGAUGUUAAUUAUUAACAUGUGAAAAUAUUAUUUGCAAGUUGCCAACAAGCCAUUGGAACAAUUGAAUGUCUUAAUGUU